CGCAUUCUGUGUGUAUACGCGCACUCUUGUUCUAGUCAGUCGAUGAUGAGUGCCGGUGAAUAGUUUACUUAUUUAGGUCGGAAAUGUGACGUUCUGGGUUUCGAGACUCCAUCAUGUGACACGAUUUCGGCGAACAGUCGUUAAGCGCCGGGCGAUUGUUACGUGUUGUUUGUCUCAUGUCUCAGGCACGCUGCUCAUAGUUUAAGAGAUUGGAGUGUUGCACCUGCAGGCAAAGUAUCGUUGGUUUGUGAACUUUCAUGUCAACAUUUAUAGAUUUUUGUUGUUUUGAUUCGUGCGCUUCCGUGUUCGUUCGCAUUUGAAAAGGACUCAUCAUUCAUUGGUGAUGGGAUGCAAAAAUUACCACAUCGUUGUUAUCAUGAGCCAUUAUUCACAAAACAUGACAGUUACAUCCAGAUUUCGGCGGCUGACCAGAAUUCUUCCAAUUUUUUCGGGUUCCGGAAUCGAUCAUCCCCUGACGAAUGAAUAACGCAGCGCCAUCCUCAAAGUAUGUCCUUGAGAGCGAAAUUCCGCCCUCUAAGCAGAAGAUGGCCACGAAAGCUCAUUUUACUCCUCAUCGCAGCCCUUUGCGGAGUUGGAAUACUCUUCAACAUCCGAACCCUCAUUUAUUUCUUCCGGCCUUUGUGGGACAAGCCCGAUGCUCCGUUUGAGCGCCUGGUCCACUACUAUGCUGAGAACGUCUCCAUGGAGCACCUGUGCCGUCUUCACGGUUGGUCCUUGCGUCCGAAGCCGCGACGGACAUUCGAUGCGGUGAUCUUCAGCAACGAACUGGACAUGCUGGACAUCCGUUGGCACGAGCUCUACCCGCACGUCACCAAGUUCGUCAUCCUCGAGUCCAACACCACCUUCACCGGGAUCCCCAAGCCCCUGUUUUUCGAUGAGAAUCGAGCCCGCUUCGCUUUUGCCGAAGACAAGAUCGCCCACAGCGUGUUCCCUGGACGGGUCGCCAAACCUCCGUCCCUCUACUCGAGGGUCGUUGGGAUCCCGGAUGAGAACCCUUUUACUUUGGAGUCGGAUACACGGGACGCUAUGAAUGACUUACUCGAAAGUGCAGGUAUAUCCGAGGGCGACCUUCUGAUCAUGUCCGACGUGGACGAGAUCCCCAGCUCGCACACGGUGCAACUCCUCCAAUGGUGCGACGGCGCCCCCUCGACCCUGCACCUCCAACUGCGGCACUUCAUGUACUCCUUCGAGUUCCCCGUCGACCUGAGCAGUUGGCGGGCCACCGUCCACGUCUACGACUCGGCCACCCGCUACCGGCACACGCGCCAGGCCGACGUCAUCCUGGCCGACGCCGGCUGGCACUGCAGCUUCUGCUUCCGGCGCCUCGCCGACUUCGUGCUCAAGAUGACCGGCUACAGCCACGCGGACCGCGUUCGCCGUAGCCACUUCCUGGACCACGCCAGGAUCCAGAGGAUCAUCUGCCGCGGCGACGACCUCUUCGACAUGCUCCCGGAGGAGUACUCGUACAGGGAGCUCAUCGGGAAGAUGGGGCCCAUCCCCCGGUCGGCGUCCGCGGUUUACCUGCCGGGGUAUUUGCUCGAGAAUGCCCGGAGGUUUAGGUUUCUCCUCCCUGGUGGCUGCUUGAGGGAAGAGGAACCAGGUGUCUGAUCACCGGGAAUCCAGGAGCUUGACCUGUCUCCACGUUUCGCUUACGAAAGGACGUAACUAUACUUCAAAGUUGCAAAAUCAUAGGCGGAUCUGGAGGGGGGGGGACGAAAAAAAGGAUGACGAAAAAGAGAAGGAAGAAAAAAGGAGGGAACGGAGGUAAGAAGAGGAAAAGGCACUUACAUUGGGCAAUUAUUCAUGACGAAAUCGGCUCAACUGUAGAUGAUGCUUCAAAAAUUCGCGAAUUCUCUUGAAAGGGUCCCCGAACCCCCCUACGCCUUCCUCCCCCGUUUGAGGUGUGUGGGUCCGGCGGUCCGGUCAUGUGCCAAAUUUACCCUAGCAAAUUUCGUUGUUACCUGGAGAAUCUUAGGAGUCUCGAACUGAAAAUUUCACCGGUCUUUCCUCUGAUCUCAUACAAAAAUCAGACAGAUUUUCAACGAAAAUUGCGCUGGUACAUUUUGACGGACGAAGUGCAAAACCACGUGCCUCCGUUUGCAACAGUGCAGACUUCCUGUGAUACUUCAUUCUUUCUUUGGAAAGAUAGUUAACUUCUCUUUUGUGAGAAUUCUGAAAAAAUUUCGAGCUUUAGAUCUACUUAGUUCCUUUUUUUCGAAAAAUAAAACGAAAGCGCGAUUUAAAAAAAAAAAAAAACCAAAAUACAUAUACGUGAUUUUGCACUUUGGCCAUGGAUUCUUGUAAAUAUGUCAUUGUUUCAGACAGUUUUGUAACCUUGAAAUGGAGUUACGUUCUUUCGUCUGAGAAACGUUAGUUUAUGCAUAAAACCCCCAAGAAGCAUAGAUUGCAAUAAGUUACAUCGCAUACAAUAUGAAGAAAUCCGGCGCCGGCUAAAUUUAGAGAUUCUUUGAUAUGAUGUUUCAUACGACCUCCUCAGCACGAUGAGUUUUCAAAAUCGAACUUCUAUGUGCCCAUCUCAAAAAAAUCGGGUCUGAAAAUGUGCAUCUUUCGGCAAUUUACCACGUCAUUAUACAAAAAACUAAGAAUUAAGACCGUCGUCGAGUCAAAGAUGAGAAGCCCUCUGUUCUGGACUGAGUAUUGUCCUGCUGUUUUGUCUUAUCGGCCGGCGCGAGGUUUGGGAAGAAGAGCUUGCUGCUGGAUCGCAUACAUUUCCCCCUUCAUAAUGCACGUAAAACUGCCGGGAAAUGUAAUUUUCUAACAAGAUUGGAUAAAAGAGGGUUUGAUUUUGAAAGCUCACCUUACUCAGGAAAUCGUAAGGAACAUCUUAUGAAAAAAUCUUGAAAUUGAACCAGAGCCGAAAUUCUUAGUAUCGAGUGCGGUGCACAUCCCAAGUAGCAGUGAUCGAGAAAAAUAGAUAUUUUAUCGGUUGAUUAUCGCGAUUAUAUUGGUGGCAAUUUAUCGCGAUAAUAUUGGUGGCAAUUUAUCGCGAUAAUAUCGAAUAAAAAAUUGAGAUUGGUGGCGAUUAAAUCGCUAUGCAUCGAAAUUUUUUGUUCGACAAAAUUGCGAUCAAUUUUCGUCGAUAAAAUCGACAUUAAAUCGCCAUGUAUCGCGAGUUUCGUUUCAAUAAUACCGCGAUAAAUUGCCGGGCGAUAAAAUCGCGAUUUUAUUGUGGAUGCAGUGGAAUGUUGUGAAUUUUGCCUAUCGUCUAAUAAAGAGGCUCCUUUAAGUAGAAUUUAUUGAAAUAAGUACAAUGGAAAUACUUGUAAGUCGCAAUUCCUCUUUGCACUGCAAAUUGCCUAUCUAUCUGAUACAGCGAACUCACUUAAUUUAUCGUGUAAAAUAAGCGUUUAUUGACUGAACCAUAUAACAAAUUGCAAAAUAAUUUCAAUAUUUUCGUCGCAUUGUGCUACGUACUUUAAAAGUCUAAGGCAUAGCCGUAACUAUGUAAAAAUUAUACGCAGGAUAAUCGUGUCGAUUUCUGUGAUUGCCGAUCAGGGAUUUUAGUGUUUGAAUUACGCAUACAUUACAAUAUCUUGUUCAUAAUUGUGAUACUUUCGAAAGUUUCUUCUGUAAAUACUAUGUAUAUUAUCUUGUUCAGGAAAAUUUUGUACAAAACGGUUAUGUAAGGAGAUAA